GCCGCCCGUUAGUCAUGUCGCUAAAUGAAAUUCAAUAAAGCCUGUAUUACUGCGCAUCGUGUGUUAGCAAGUAUGGGCAAAAUGGUGAUUUCCUGCAAACUCCCUGCGGCUCACGGCAGCUUCUCGCCGCUGAAACGAUUUGCAUUUAGACUGCAUAAAAUUUAAACGUUAUUUCGAUACGCAAAAGCCAGCUGACUGGGUGAACUUUUUAUUGACAGGCCAACACGGACCAAGCGCGACUUUACGAAAUGGCCUCGGAGGUGCACGAGCGUGUUCAGAAAUAUUACGGCACGCGCCUGCAGUCUUCAGGCGACCUUCAGACUAGCGCAGCCUGCUCGCUCCCUCGCGGGCGCGUAGCCGCGAGCACCCUGGACGCGCUCGCGCUGCUUCACCCCGAAGUGUGCGCCAGGUACUUCGGCUGUGCUUUCGUGGUCCCGGAGAAGCUGCAGGCCUGCAAGGUGCUGGACCUGGGUAGCGGCUCCGGCCGGGACUGCUACUUGCUGAGCCGCUUGGUGGGGCCCAGCGGCUGGGUUGUGGGCCUCGACAUGACCGAGGAGCUGGUGUCCGCGGCGCGCAAAUACAUCCAGUACCACCAGGAGAAGUUCGGUUAUGAGAAGCCCAACACCAUCUUUAUCCAAGGAUACAUGGAGCGCUUGGAUGAAUCUGGGAUCCGGAGUGACUUUUUCGAUGUGGUGGUGUCAAACUGUGUGAUAUGCUUGUGUCCAGACAAGAAGGCUGUUCUUGAAGAGGCAUGCAGGGUUCUGAAGGAUGGGGGUGAAUUUUUCUUCAGUGACAUGUACGCGAGUAAAGUUAUUCCUGAAAACCUGAAAGAAGAUCCAGUUUUAUGGGGAGAGGGGAUGAGUGGCUCCCUCUACUGGCGGGACCUUAUUGCCCUGGCGCAGGAAGUUGGCUUCAGUGUCCCCCGCCUGGUCACCGCCAGUCACAUCAUAGUCCACAGCAGUGAGCUACUCAAGAAGACUGGUGAUAUCACUUAUGCUUCGAGCACUUAUCGAAUGUUCAAAUUGCCCAAGGACAUAGUGAAGGCAGAUGCAGUGGUGACGUACAAAGGAACUGUACCCGAGUGCUCAGACCAGUUGAAUUUUGAUGCCUCUCAUACUUUUAAGACCGAGGUGCCAGUCUUGGUUGAUGGAGAGACGGCUGUCAUCCUCCAGCACUCGCGCUUCACCCUGGACUUCUCCGUCCAGAGCUCUGACACAUCUGCUCCCAGCCAGGACCCAAGCUCCCAGUACUGUCACCUCAACCCCUUCCUGCUGGCAGACAAACUGGGCUUAUCCAUGAAGCAGUGCUCCAAAAGUGGGAAUGAGAGGCUGUGAAGGCUGAACCUGUUAAGUGGCCAGUGGUGGGAACAAAAUGUUUAGCAGUUCUUUUUGUUAAAGAAACAGCAGAAUCCUUUGUAGUUGGGUCUUAUAAAAUACAGCUGCUCAGGGUAUAACCGCUAAUUCUAUCCAUCUUGACACUGGUAGUCAGUGUUCACAUUAUACACCCCCUUAAUUGGUUAAAUGCCUAUAGGUUAAUGACCCUGAUUGGACAUAGAGGUUUUGUUAAUAUACAGAACAGGUGCAGACAUAUGACUGAUCCCCUGUCUUUGUGGUUUAUUAUUUUUAAAAUGGCACACUAGGCUUAAUUUACUAAAUAUAACUGAUCUAUUAAUCAUACACAUACUGAAGUGUUAUAGUUACAGUAUGGUUAAUAUCAGUAUGAACUAAUAGUGUAAUGAUAUUGAUCUUAGUUAUGCCUAGAAA